GACACAUAGUCUAUAAAAACCCCAAACCAAGACAGCAUUGCUUUAGUAUUUGAAUUUUCGGACUAUGACACUGACCUGAGACUGACGACUUUAAUUUAUAGAACUCUAACUUGACACUUACAAAGAUUACAGAGCAGCUGGAAGAAAAGACACAAGAGCUUUCAGAAAACAUUAGGGUAUUAUUGGAAAACAAUCAGGAUGAAGACAAAGGAAUUGAAAGUGUUAAUACUGAGUGCCAUUCUGCAAAUUUCAUUUGUGCAAUCAACACUGGGAAACUCAACAGAAUCUCCCGCUGUCACAUCUUCAACAUCACCAAGUUCGUCUACUGGAACAGAAGCAGAGACAACACUGGGAACCUCAACAGGUCUUAGUGAAACAUCAGAAUCCCCCGCUGUCACAUCUUCAACAUCACCAAGUUCGUCUACUGGAACAGAAGCAGAGACAACACUGGGAACCUCAACAGGUCUUAGUGAAACAUCAGAAUCCCCCGCUGUCACACCUUCAACGUCACCAAGUUCGUCUACUGGAACAGAAGCAGAAACAACACUGGGAACCUCAACAGGUCUUAGUGAAACAUCAGAAUCCCCCGCUGUCACAUCUUCAACGUCACCAAGUUCGUCUACUGGAACAGAAGCAGAAACAACACUGGGAACCUCAACAGGUCUUAGUGAAACAUCAGAAUCUCCCACUGUAACAUCUUCAACGUCACCAAGUUCGUCUACUGGAACAGAAGCAGAGACAACACUGGGAACCUCAACAGGUCUUAGUGAAACAUCAGAAUCCCCCGCUGUCACACCUUCAACGUCACCAACAGAAACAACACUGGGAACCUCAACAGGUCUUAGUGAAACAUCAGAAUCUCCCGCUGUCACAUCUUCAACGUCACCAAGUUCGUCUACUGGAACAGAAGCAGAAACAACACUGGGAACCUCAACAGGUCUUAGUGAAACAUCAGAAUCCCCCGCUGUCACACCUUCAACGUCACCAAGUUCGUCUACUGGAACAGAAGCAGAAACAACACUGGGAACCUCAACAGGUCUUAGUGAAACAUCAGAAUCUCCCACUGUCACAUCUUCAACGUCACCAAGUUCGUCUACUGGAACAGAAGCAGAGACAACACUGGGAACCUCAACAGGUCUUAGUGAAACAUCAGAAUCCCCCGCUGUCACACCUUCAACGUCACCAAGUUCGUCUACUGGAACAGAAGCAGAAACAACACUGGGAACCUCAACUAGUCUUAGUGAAACAUCAGAAUCUCCCGCUGUCACAUCUUCAACGUCACCAAGUUCGUCUACUGGAACAGAAGCAGAAACAACACUGGGAACCUCAACUAGUCUUAGUGAAACAUCAGAAUCUCCCGCUGUCACACCUUCAACGUCACCAAGUUCGUCUACUGGAACAGAAGCAGAAACAACACUGGGAACCUCAACAGGUCUUAGUGAAACAUCAGAAUCUCCCGCUGUCACAUCUUCAACGUCACCAAGUUCGUCUACUGGAACAGAAGCAGAGACAACACUGGGAACCUCAACAGGUCUUAGUGAAACAUCAGAAUCUCCCGCUGUCACAUCUUCAACGUCACCAAGUUCGUCUACUGGAACAGAAGCAGAAACAACACUGGGAACCUCAACAGGUCUUAGUGAAACAUCAGAAUCUCCCGCUGUCACAUCUUCAACGUCACCAAGUUCGUCUACUGGAACAGAAGCAGAAACAACACUGGGAACCUCAACUAGUCUUAGUGAAACAUCAGAAACUCCCGCUGUCACACCUUCAACGUCACCAAGUUCGUCUACUGGAACAGAAGCAGAAACAACACUGGGAACCUCAACUAGUCUUAGUGAAACAUCAGAAUCUCCCGCUGUCACAUCUUCAACGUCACCAAGUUCGUCUACUGGAACAGAAGCAGAGACAACAGUGGGAACCUCAACAGGUGUUAGUGAAACAUCAGAAUCUCCCGCUGUCACAUCUUCAACGUCACCAAGUUCGUCUACUGGAACAGAAGCAGAGACAACACUGGGAACCUCAACAGGUCUUAGUGAAACAUCAGAAUCUCCCGCUGUCACAUCUUCAACAUCACCAAGUUCGUCUACUGGAACAGAAGCAGAAACAACACUGGGAACCUCAACUAGUCUUAGUGAAACAUCAGAAACUCCCGCUGUCACACCUUCAACAUCACCAAGUUCGUCUACUGGAACAGAAGCAGAGACAACACUGGGAACCUCAACAGGUCUUAGUGAAACAUCAGAAUCCCCCGCUGUCACAUCUUCAACGUCACCAAGUUCGUCUACUGGAACAGAAGCAGAAACAACACUGGGAACCUCAACAGGUCUUAGUGAAACAUCAGAAUCUCCCGCUGUCACAUCUUCAACGUCACCAAGUUCGUCUACUGGAACAGAAGCAGAAACAACACUGGGAACCUCAACUAGUCUUAGUGAAACAUCAGAAACUCCCGCUGUCACACCUUCAACGUCACCAAGUUCGUCUACUGGAACAGAAGCAGAGACAACACUGGGAACCUCAACAGGUCUUAGUGAAACAUCAGAAUCCCCCGCUGUCACAUCUUCAACGUCACCAAGUUCGUCUACUGGAACCGAAGCAGAAACAACACUGGGAACCUCAACAGGUCUUAGUGAAACAUCAGAAUCCCCCGCUGUCACAUCUUCAACGUCACCAAGUUCGUCUACUGGAACAGAAGCAGAAACAACACUGGGAACCUCAACAGGUCUUAGUGAAACAUCAGAAUCCCCCGCUGUCACACCUUCAACGUCACCAAGUUCGUCUACUGGAACAGAAGCAGAAACAACACUGGGAACCUCAACAGGUCUUAGUGAAACAUCAGAAUCCCCCGCUGUCACAUCUUCAACGUCACCAAGUUCGUCUACUGGAACAGAAGCAGAAACAACACUGGGAACCUCAACAGGUCUUAGUGAAACAUCAGAAUCUCCCACUGUCACAUCUUCAACGUCACCAAGUUCGUCUACUGGAACAGAAGCAGAGACAACACUGGGAACCUCAACAGGUCUUAGUGAAACAUCAGAAUCCCCGGCUGUCACAUCUUCAACGUCACCAAGUUCGUCUACUGGAAGAGAAGCAGAAACAACACUGGGAACCUCAACAGGUCUUAGUGAAACAUCAGAAUCUCCCGCUGUCACACCUUCAACGUCACCAAGUUCGCCUACUGGAACAGAAGCAGAAACAACACUGGGAACCUCAACAGGUCUUAGUGAAACAUCAGAAUCUCCCGCUGUCACAUCUUCAACGUCACCAAGUUCGUCUACUGGAACAGAAGCAGAAACAACACUGGGAACCUCAACAGGUCUUAGUGAAACAUCAGAAUCCCCCGCUGUCACACCUUCAACGUCACCAAGUUCGUCUACUGGAACAGAAGCUGAAACAACACUCGGAACCUCAACUAGUCUUAGUGAAACAUCAGAAUCUCCCGCUGUCACAUCUUCAACGUCACCAAGUUCGUCUACUGGAACAGAAGCAGAAACAACACUGGGAACCUCAACAGGUCUUAGUGAAACAUCAGAAUCCCCCGCUGUCACAUCUUCAACGUCACCAAGUUCGUCUACUGGAACAGAAGCAGAAACAACACUGGGAACCUCAACAGGUCUUAGUGAAACAUCAGAAUCUCCCACUGUCACAUCUUCAACGUCACCAAGUUCGUCUACUGGAACAGAAGCAGAGACAACACUGGGAACCUCAACAGGUCUUAGUGAAACAUCAGAAUCCCCGGCUGUCACAUCUUCAACGUCACCAAGUUCGUCUACUGGAAGAGAAGCAGAAACAACACUGGGAACCUCAACAGGUCUUAGUGAAACAUCAGAAUCUCCCGCUGUCACACCUUCAACGUCACCAAGUUCGUCUACUGGAACAGAAGCUGAAACAACACUCGGAACCUCAACAGGUCUUAGUGAAACAUCAGAAUCACCCGCUGUCACAACUUCAACGUCACCAAGUUCGUCUACUGGAACAGAAGCUGAAACAACACUCGGAACCUCAACUAGUCUUAGUGAAACAUCAGAAUCUCCCGCUGUCACAUCUUCAACGUCACCAAGUUCGUCUACUGGAACAGAAGCAGAAACAACACUGGGAACCUCAACAGGUCUUAGUGAAACAUCAGAAUCUCCCGCUGUCACAUCUUCAACGUCACCAAGUUUGUCUACUGGAACAGAAGCAGAAACAACACUGGGAACCUCAACUAGUCUUAGUGAAACAUCAGAAACUCCCGCUGUCACACCUUCAACGUCACCAAGUUCGUCUACUGGAACAGAAGCAGAAACAACACUGGGAACCUCAACAGGUCUUAGUGAAACAUCAGAAUCUCCCGCUGUCACAUCUUCAACGUCACCAAGUUCGUCUACUGGAACAGAAGCAGAAACAACACUGGGAACCUCAACUAGUCUUAGUGAAACAUCAGAAACUCCCGCUGUCACACCUUCAACGUCACCAAGUUCGUCUACUGGAACCGAAGCAGAAACAACACUGGGAACCUCAACUAGUCUUAGUGAAACAUCAGAAUCCCCCGCUGUCACACCUUCAACGUCACCAAGUUCGUCUACUGGAACAGAAGCAGAAACAACACUGGGAACCUCAACAGGUCUUAGUGAAACAUCAGAAACUCCCGCUGUCACACCUUCAACGUCACCAAGUUCGUCUACUGGAACAGAAGCAGAAACAACACUGGGAACCUCAACUAGUCUUAGUGAAACAUCAGAAUCCCCCGCUGUCACAUCUUCAAUGUCACCAAGUUCGUCUACUGGAACAGAAGCAGAAACAACACUGGGAACCUCAACUAGUCUUAGUGAAACAUCAGAAUCCCCCGCUGUCACAUCUUCAACGUCACCAAGUUCGUCUACUGGAACAGAAGCAGAAACAACACUGGAAACCUCAACAGGUCUUAGUGAAACAUCAGAAUCUCCCGCUGUCACAUCUUCAACGUCACCAAGUUCGUCUACUGGAACAGAAGCAGAAACAACACUGGGAACCUCAACAGGUCUUAGUGAAACAUCAGAAUCCCCCGCUGUCACAUCUUCAACGUCACCAAGUUCGUCUACUGGAACAGAAGCAGAAACAACACUGGGAACCUCAACAGGUCUUAGUGAAACAUCAGAAACUCCCGCUGUCACACCUUCAACGUCACCAAGUUCGUCUACUGGAACAGAAGCAGAAACAACACUGGGAACCUCAACAGGUCUUAGUGAAACAUCAGAAACUCCCGCUGUCACACCUUCAACGUCACCAAGUUCGUCUACUGGAACAGAAGCAGAAACAACACUGGGAACCUCAACUAGUCUUAGUGAAACAUCAGAAUCCCCCGCUGUCACAUCUUCAACGUCACCAAGUUCGUCUACUGGAACAGAAGCAGAAACAACACUGGGAACCUCAACUAGUCUUAGUGAAACAUCAGAAUCCCCCGCUGUCACAUCUUCAACGUCACCAAGUUCGUCUACUGGAACAGAAGCAGAAACAACACUGGGAACCUCAACAGGUCUUAGUGAAACAUCAGAAUCCCCCGCUGUCACAUCUUCAACGUCACCAAGUUCGUCUACUGGAACAGAAGCAGAAACAACACUGGGAACCUCAACAGGUCUUAGUGAAACAUCAGAAUCCCCCGCUGUCACAUCUUCAACGUCACCAAGUUCGUCUACUGGAACAGAAGCAGAAACAACACUGGGAACCUCAACAGGUCUUAGUGAAACAUCAGAAUCCCCCACUGUCACAUCUUCAACGUCACCAAGUUCGUCUACUGGAACAGAAGCAGAAACAACACUGGGAACCUCAACAGGUCUUAGUGAAACAUCAGAAUCUCCCGCUGUCACAUCUUCAACGUCACCAAGUUCGUCUACUGGAACAGAAGCAGAAACAACACUGGGAACCUCAACUAGUCUUAGUGAAACAUCAGAAUCCCCCGCUGUCACAUCUUCAACGUCACCAGGUGUUACAUCAGAGUUACCAUCAACUUCUACUUCAGAAUCAACUAAAGCUAUCACAGUGGAAACCUCAACAGGUGUUACAUCAGAAAAACCAUCAACUUCUGCUUCAGGAUCAACUACAGCUUUCACACUAGAAACAACAGGUGUUACAUCAGAGCCAUCAUCUGUUUCUUCAUUAUCAACUACAGGCAUCACACAGCACACAUCAACAGAUGAAUCUACAACAACAGCAGUUGACAUACGGUUUAUAAGCUUUACAACUGAUGAAACAUUUAAUUCUACCCUCUCAGACCCAUCUUCACCUGCCUUCAAUGAACGAGCAAUCCUUGUCAAAACAAAGCUUGAACCAAUCGUAAAGAAAAAUUUCAGCAACUUUAUUAACCUAACAGUGAUUCGUUUCAGAUCUGGAUCAAUCAUCACAGAUAUGAAUUUAUACUACACAAAUAUAGGGGUUAUUCCCACUGAUGAUGAAAUCAUUUUCACAAUACGGACAGCAGAUACAGGUUUUAACAUAACAAACGUUUUUGUAACAAAUUUAGCUACUACGACUACUAUUCCAACCACACCAACUACAGCAAAAGUACCUACUACUAUUAGUAGAACAAGUACUAUUACUACCACCACCAGCAGCACAAAAACACCAACAAUGACCACUACAACACUACGACCAUCAACCACCACUACAACCACAAUACUACGAACAACACCAACAACACUCACCACAACUACCAUCACCACCACAACACCACAACCAAAAACCACCAUCACAACAGCACAGCUGACAACAAAAACAACAUCACCAACAACCACCACCAAACCAUCACAAUCAACAAGUAUUAUUACGACCACAGCAACACAACGACCAACAACCACCACCACAACAACACAGCUGACAACAAAAUCAACAUCACCAACAACCACCACCAAACCAUCACAACCAACAACUAUUACUACGACCACAACAACACAACGACCAACAACACUCACCACAACUACCAUCACCACCACAACACCACAACCAAAAACCACCAUCACAACAGCAAAGCUGACAACAAAAACAACAUCACCAACAACCACGACCAAACCAUCAGAACCAACAACUAUUACUACGACCACAACAACACAGCGACCAACAACCACCACUACGACCACACAACCAACAACAACUACAACAACAACAACUACUACAACAACAACAACAACAACAGUUGCACCAACCCGUCCCCAACCAACUGUUGAGAUGAAUAUUGGUCUCAAGGAACCUUAUGUUCCAGCGCUUAGUGAUUCUAAGAGUAAUGAAUUCAAAAAAUUGGCUGCCAUAGUGAUUGCAGUGUUGGAUGAGAUCUAUAAAGUACUAUACGGCCCUCGGUUCAUCCGGACCAUCGUCCUAGCCUUCAAACCUCUGGCCAGACGUGCAGCUGAUAAUACACAAGCAGAUGUCCAGCUGGUAUUCAAUGAGAGCUCCACAAAACCUGUCCCAGCCGGUGAUGAAAUAGUGCAAAUUCUGAAAAAUGCUACAGAAAAUAACAAUACUAAUACUAACUUAUUUGAUGCCACCACAAUCACUCUCGUCAAUCAGCCAUACAAUAUCCCUGUGCGAUUCCGAACAAAUGGCACUUUUGUUGCAGCUCUCUCAAAUACUAGUUCCGAUUUAUUCAUAAACAGAUCAGUCAUUAUUCAACAAGGACUUAAAUCAUUUUUCAUUGAAGACUUCUUUAAAACAUUCAGCAUCUUAACCAUGUCAAACUUCAGCAAUGGAGGUCCUAGAGCAAAUUCAGAUACAAUUCUGAACUUCAUGGAUGUGGCUUUUGCCAGCUCUGGUGGACUUCCCAACAUCACCCAAAUUGGGCAAACUAUGCUUAGAGCAGCCAGAAAUAACAGCCUUCCCUUCACGAUCUUCACCAAUGACAUCACAGUGAAUGGCACACUAAUAUCAGCGAGUGUCGUCAGCAGCAAGAUCAGUGUUUUCAUGGCAUGCUUCAUGGUGACGGUGUCACUAGUGUUCACAUCUUCCAGCUGAUUCUAAACCACAUCAUCCAUCAUCAGAAUGAGAACCUUGACCAGGUUUUACACUCCAGUUACUUUAAUGAAGUUUUUCAAUAAUGUAUAUGCUCAAAAGGAAUCUGUACAAGCCAACCUUUAAGCAUGUGCAAAGAUAGGGUUUGGUCACAGCUUUAAUUAUUUAUGUAAUUAUGCUUAUUGUUAUGUAAGGUUGUGAUGGCUGUUUUGUAAAUGAGUCUUUGUAUUUGAAUCAAUCCUGGAGCAUAAUCAGCAAAUUUUUAAGCUAGUGGAAGUUUAACUGUCAUGUGAAAACUCGGCCAGCUAAAACGGCAAAGGCACUGCGCUUCCAUGUUGUGUAUUAUUCUAUUAUAGAUCUAAGUUACUAUUAGAAUGUAUACUUGCACACAAACGCACAUACAAAAAUUUGGCUUUGGUGAAGCAUGUGACAUUGCAUGCCUGCUUUGGCUUAAAAUACUUGCCAUUAUCUUUUUGUAUGUGUCUUAAGCUACUAUUUUAAUCUAGAUGGUCUUUUAAGCAUGAAUGAAAUAAAGGAAACUGCUGUCUGUAAAACACAGAAUACGUACAAAAGUGGUUUGACUAGUUUUAAUACCUGCCUAUCAGUGCUAACUCUGGUAUGUUACUCAACAACUUUGUGUGACAAAGACAAUUGUAUAUGCUCACAUACUGUAAUUUCAGUACAGCAAUCAAAGAACUAGAACAUUAUUAUCAUUAUAUAUAGCUGACUACUAGAAACUUGCACACUUUACAAAAUUUUCAUUUCUUGUUCCUGUAUAAUGUUCUCGGUGCUCUAUGUAUAUUUAUUUACUGCAGUGGGUAUCUAGGUCCUUAAAUUAUGUAUUUUAUUGAAACCUGUUAUGCUGUAUUGUGCUUGCAUUGACUGUAGCACUUCAUAUUUAUAAAUGCAUAAUGCAGCAGCUCUUCAGGUCCAAUUAUGUACCUUAAAUGAAUUAAAUAAAAAUUUAAAUACACUAUACUCA